AUGGCGAAAUCUGGAAAUUUGGUAUCCCAAAGAAGUUUUAGCCCAAUAUUCAAUCCAUGCCACACUGCUUCCAAGGGAAAAACCUUCAGAUUUCUCUCUCUGUUUCACACUUACAAUAAUUCUAAUGUUAGUGCAACUACUAUCACAGCUUCUACCAAAAGAAAAGGCAAAUUGCAAUCUCCAUUGAUUGGGAAGAAACCGGGUAGGGCUUCCCGCCCUCUGAUCACAAUAUCGCCGUCUGACGGGCAAUAUGGCGAGGAAUGGACGCGUGAUUAUCUUGUAACUUUGCGAGACCUACAUUUAGAGCAUUUGAUUGGAGCAGAUGAUGAUCCGCGUAAGAAUGCACAAGUAUUCAUCAACCUCUCCAUCCAAAAGCAUGUUGGCUUUGGCUAUUCAAUAGAUGCAAGAAUCACCACAUCCUUCACUUCAAAAUGCUGCAACUGUUCUUCUCCAUAUUGCAGACAGCUCGAUAUAGAAUUUAACCUAUGUGUUCUCAAGGCUCCAAGUAGAGUUAAAAGUAAGAGACCGCUACCUGAAAUUGGAGGCGACCCUUAUGUCAUAUAUACUAGACCCGGAUGCCAAAUUGAUCUCGAUUCUUUUGUACGAGAUGCCAUCAGCCUAGACUCACCAGUAAAACACACUUGCUCGGAGUUGUGCGAGAAACCUAAGGGUACUAUACUAUAUGCAACUGGGCAAACUAAGGCUUCCUUUGAUGAAAGAUGGUCAAAACUAUUGGAACUAAAGAAGAAGCUUUUAUGA